CAACGCAACGCAUUUCAAAACAAUGUUAUCGCCAACACAGCAACUUUGGAACGAAACGCAACUAAUUUUAUCUGAAUCGUCGUGUUUUUGAACCAAUCCACACGAAACAAGUGACCGAAAGGAACGAUUCAUUUGCCAUUUUGCUGUUUUCGUUCCGUUGUUAUUAGAUAGUUUAAAGUUUUUUUUAAGUUUUCCGUUGUUUAUUAGUUUGUUAGUAUCAUCAGUGUUCGGUGAAGGAUGUUGGACCUGUUCACGAUCUUCACCAAAGGUGGUAUCGUGCUGUGGUGUUUCCGUAGCACGAACCAACUCUUUGCACCGUCAGUAAACGCACUAAUCAAGAGCGUUAUUUUGCAGGAGCGCUCCGGUGUGUACGACCACGAUGGGUUAUCGCUCCAGUACAAGCUGGACAACGAGUUCGAGCUGGUGUUUGUUGUUGCAUUCCAGAAGAUUCUUCAGCUGUCGUACAUCGACAAGUUUCUUAGCGAUGUGCAUCUGGAGUUUCGCGAUAGGUACAAGAACGAUCUACGGGUCGACAAUCGCAACUACGGCGAUUUCGACUUCAGUGCCGAAUACCGGCGCAUCCUGGAGCGGGCAGAAAAGUGGGGCCGUCAGCAGGCGACAAUGCCGAAGCAGAUGCGCAGCUACGAAGAUUCGGCCAAAUCGAAGAAAACGGUUGCCUCCAUGAUCGAGCGCAAGGGUGAAGAGAAACCACCCGCAAGCGGUAGUAAGAAGUCUGUGAAGAUAAGCGAAAAGAAGAAAGCGGAGCUGAUAGACGGUGAUGGAGUGGAUUCAUCAUCGCCAAAGGGUAGCUCCAAUGGUCCGGAACCGGGAGACGAUUUGAUCAUGGAAAGUCGCAAAAAGUUUGCGGAAAAAAUGAUGGGCAAGGGUAGCAAGAGUAGCAAGGUGGAGAAGCAAAAGUCACCGAAGUCACCAUCGCAGCAGCAGAAAUCGGGCAAGCAGAUGCGCGUAUGGGACCUCGGUGGUAACACGAAGGAUCUGCCGAAUCUGGACCGCUCGAAGGAUCGCCCGGAGGAUGUGAAGAGUGACUUUACGCCGAACGAUCAGAUCAUUGGCAGUAUGCGGGGAGGCAUCCAGGAUCUGAACGUUGAGUCGGACAGUGAGGACUAUUCGGAAGAGGACGAAGAUGAGGACGAUGAUGCGCUCGAAGAGCAGCGUGCUAAGAAGCAGCAAUCAAGCCGCGGUGGCAUGUUUUCCAUGUUUAAGGGGCUGGUCGGUUCGAAGAAUCUGACCAUCGACGAUAUGCAUCCAGCGCUGGACAAGCUUCGGGACCAUUUAAUCGGAAAGAACGUAGCAUCCGAUAUUGCCCAGAAGCUGUGCGAUUCGGUUGCCGGCAAGCUGGAGGGUAAGGUGAUCGGUACGUUCGAUACGAUAGCGGCCACGGUUAAGAACACACUGACCGAGGCACUCGUGCAGAUCCUUUCGCCCAAGCGUCGUGUCGAUAUCUUGCGCGACUGUCUCGAGGCGAAACGCGUUGGCCGUCCGUUCGUGAUGAGCUUCUGCGGUGUGAACGGUGUGGGUAAAUCUACCAAUUUGGCUAAAAUUUGCUUCUGGUUGAUCGAGAACAAUCUGAGCGUGCUGAUCGCGGCCUGCGACACGUUCCGUGCCGGUGCGGUAGAACAGCUGCGUACGCAUAUGCGUCACCUAAACGCACUGCAUCCGCCGGAAAAGCACGGUGGCCGCAAUAUGGUGCAGCUGUACGAGAAGGGCUACGGGAAAGAUGCGGCCGGCAUUGCAAUGGAAGCGAUUCGAUAUGCAAACGAUAGCAAUAUUGAUGUCGUACUGAUCGACACAGCUGGACGAAUGCAGGAUAACGAACCGCUGAUGCGUGCCCUUGCAAAACUGAUCAAAGUGAACGAACCGGAUCUGGUGCUGUUCGUCGGAGAAGCAUUGGUUGGAAAUGAGGCUGUGGAUCAGCUGGUGAAGUUCAACCAGGCACUGGCGGAUUAUUCCUCCAACGAUCGUCCGCACAUCAUCGAUGGUAUCGUACUGACCAAGUUUGACACAAUCGACGAUAAGGUCGGGGCGGCCAUCUCUAUGACGUACAUCACCGGGCAACCGAUUGUGUUUGUCGGUACCGGCCAAACGUACACCGAUCUGAAGGCAUUGAAUGCCAAAGCCGUGGUACACGCGCUGAUGAAGUAAGCGCAAUCUACUUAGGCAAUCAUCACCUGGCAGCAUAUUAGUUGUGGCACCCGUUGUCCAUUUGGUUUGGUUCAAAUAUUCAUCCCUUCUGCGUGCGCAACUAGUCACACUCAUUUCACCACCCAUACGCAUACAACGGAAUUUACCGAAGUCGCAACGCAUCCUUUCCCAUGAACGUAAAAGCAACGUUACCAGUAAUUCCAAUUCACCACCAACAAAACCACCGCAAUCGCAUUUGCCCAUUAAUGGCUCCACAGGUAGCCACGCAUAUAGCUAAUAGAGGGAGCAAGGGAUCAUGAGAAGCAGAAGGUGCAGGAGGAAAAAUUUUGAUAAACAAAAAAAAACAGAAUCGUGCCACCUGAUACCACACACACUGCGACGGGAGGUUAUGGGUACAUUCAGAUAUCAACCGAUCAGAUCUUUUAAAAGAAAGUGGAAAAAAUAUAUUAGGUCUUUAAAAUACA